UUGUUAACAGACCGGGGCCAAAUUUGCGUGGUGACAUUUAAACAAUCCAUUAGACCACGCAGCAGGUUUGAGCAGCCUUCUGGUUGAUUUUAUAAGACCGGUUUGACAGGGUAGUAAAAGAAAGAGAGAAACCCGAGAAAGUAGCGUCAGCAAUCACGUUUCAACACAUUUUGGGCUCAAGUGUGUGUGUGUGUGUGUGCGUGCGUGCGUGCGUGUGUAACUGAGACAUAUGUCCAAAAAUAAUUUCACAUUUCAGAUGCGGAAGUGGCUGUGUAUGUUCCUGUCAAAUUGACAGUAACUGACAGACCAUAAUCUUUCUUUUCCUAAACAGCAUGCACUAAUGCAAAAACACAUUCAGAAAACUUAGAGAUUCAAAUAAAGUUUGCAUGUAUUUAAUCAACAAUAUGCUGUUCAAUAUUUCCAUUUAUUCAAAAGUAAUUAACUAUAAAUUACUAUUGUUAACAGAAUAUUCUGUGCUUUUAGAAGCAUAUCUCUAAAAGAGAAAGUUGCAUUUACAGAGAAUAUCCAUUUGAGAUCCAUGUGACUAAAAGUGACUUAAAAAGGCAGUGGCCAUUUCUUCUUCAAGUUAAUAAUGCAGCAACGAUAAAAUGUGGAUGUAGAGAGGCUGAUUUUAUUUUUUUUUUCCAAAAAGCAACAACCAAAAAAAAUAAAAAAACAGACCAGAAUAUAAACACAUUUGGUAAAGAGUAUAAAAUAAUUAAUUUCUUUCCUUCUUUUGCUCUAUUAAAUAGUUUUGUGAACAUCUGUUCUCUCUUACACAUGCAAAUGAACUUUUCUCAGUUAUUUCUGAGAUGGAAAUCUCCAAACAUACUCCAGUGUGGGAUACUAACAGAUCAGAUGCUCCACAGAUUAAAGAUGAACAUGAGGAAAUAUGCAUCAGUCAGGAAAUACCCCAACCAGCACAUCAGCAGGAUGCUGGUGCUUCUCAUCCGACUCCAAUUUGUGAUCCACAUGUCUCCAGUAAUCAGCCUCGGCCGUUGGACCCUGACCAAUCACAGAGUGUGGCGAAUGAUGAUCCUCCAUCCAACACGUCAAACGAAAAUAUAGAAUCUGGAGCUGAGAGGACGAGUUCUCCAGCAUUGCCAGGAAACAGUGACCACGAGCUCACCUCUCAAAACUUAUUUGAAGCCGAGGACCAAGAUUACACAGCUUUUAAUGAUGGGAGUGUGACACCAACUGGACAUGUCGAUGCACUCCAAGAUGAGAGAAGCUUUGAGGAAAGUGCAACAUCAGCUACGAAUACUGAGCUGCCUUCAAGUACGCACUGUAGCGAUAACAAUACAGUUUUAACCAGCAGUACAGAUUUAUGGGAUGGGAUAGCAGCUUUAUCUUUAGGUCCUGAGCCAACACCAACUGGGGGAAGUCAAGAUGAAACAACACAGUCAACCUCAUGUACUGAGCCAACACCAAAUGAUAGAAAUCUAAAUGGGAGACCAACCUCAACUGGAAGUGAAGAACCAAUUUCAAACAGACAAAGUCAAGAUGAGGUACCAGCCUUAACGCAAAGUUUUGAGCUGAUUCCAACUGAGAGAAGCCAAGAUGAGAGACCAGAAGAAAAGAGAAAUGAUGAUAACCCAACUGGACGUGCUGAUAUAACAACAUUUGAGAAAAGUCAAGAUGGGGGACCAACCUCAGCUGGAAGUAUUGAGCCAACACCACAUAAGAAAAGCAAAGAUAAGAGUUUAACAUCAUCCAAGAGGACACAACUAACACCAGACCAGAAAAGUAAGAAAGACACAGCAAAGUCAACUAAAAGGAAACAUAAAGAUGGGAAGAUGACAUCAAAUGAAAGUUCUGAUCAAACAGCAAAAAGGAAGUCCAAAGAUGGCAAAACUUUAAGUAGAAGUGCUAAAACAAGCCCAAACAAGAAACGUAAUGAUGAGAGCACAAGAUCAAAUAGAGAUAAACCACAAAGCUCUGCAUCUCCUGAUGAUGAUGAUGCACCAGAAGGAAGUCCAGAACCGAUGCCAAAUGAAAACAUGUCAACCUCAAUUUCAAAAUCGCCACAAAAUAAGAGGCAGAGUGAUGAGAAAGCAAAUUCUACUGGAAACAUGGAGCCAACACAGAGCAAAACCAUUCGCAGUGAGAAACCAGCUAAACACUCAGAAGCAACACCAAGUAAACAACACAGAGAUGGGAAAAACCAGCCAAAAAGCUCCAAGCCAAAACAUAAACCUGGUGAUUGUAGCCCAACAUCAGCUAGAAGCAAGAAGGUUACAGCAAAUAAGACACCUGAUGAUGAAGAUCCAUCAUCAAGAAGGAAGGAGACAGCAUCUCUUAAGAGACAAAAAGAUGGGGGUGAAACAUCAAAGGAAAUUUCUGAACCAAUACAAAAGAAACUAAUGGAUGAGAAUAGCACAUCAGCCAGAACUACUGAUGCAGAAAAACAUGAUAAAGGUAUCAAUGAAAAUGCCGUGUCAAAUGAAACUGUUGAGCCACCACAGAGUAUGAGUGACACAUCAACUGAUGGCGAAGAGGAAGAAAAGAAAGAAAAUCCUUUUAAAUGUGACAAAUGUGGUAAAGUGAUGAGCAAUUUCAAAAACUACAAAUUUCAUAUAAAAUCCCACACCAUUGAGAAGAUCUUUAAAUGUGACACUUGUGGGAAAAUGUUCAGGGAGAGUUGGGAUUUAAACAAACAUUUAGUAAUCCAUUCCGCCGAGAAGCCUUACAAGUGCGACAUCUGCGGGAACGGAUUCAACCGUCGUUACAACCUCGACCUUCACGUUCGGGUUCACACCGGGGAAAAACCUUAUAAAUGCAGCGUCUGUGGCAAAUCCUUCAGCUCUUGCGUGAAUAUGAAGAAGCACACAAGGAUCCACACAGGUGAGAAGCCGUACACUUGCAGCAACUGCGGCAAAGAGUUUGCAGAUUCUUCCGCCUUCAAGAAUCACAUGCGAGUGCACACGGGGGAAAAGCCCUUCAAGUGUACCUACUGCAAGAAGAAAUUUGCCACCAGGACGACUUUAAAAAGGCACACCAGAACACACACAGGCGAGAAGCCGUAUAAAUGCAGCGUGUGUGAGAAGAAAUUUGGUCACAGGACAGACCUGAAAGGACACAUGAGGAUGCAUACAGGUGAGAAGCCUUACAAAUGCACCACUUGUGGGGAGCGCUUCUCCACCUGGACAAAGCUCAACAAACAUAAGCGUGUCCACUCAAGUGAUGCACAAAGCUCCACUGAUUCACACAUCAGCGUUUAGCACACUGAACUCACGAUGAAAGUAUCCUAAUGAUGCCGUUCAGCAGCUGCAGGAUUAAUGUGAAUUUUAUGUUUUAAAUGAACCAAAAUUGACUCAACUUAGGGUUUACUUUCCCACCUGCUGACAGCGAGAAGAUGACAAUCCAUUCUGGAAAUCUGGUUUCUUUUAAAGAUCUCUGCUUUUUGAAGGCACAUCAGGACCAACCCCAUGCAGAGUUAUUUAAUAUCAACAUAAAAACUCAUGAUUUGACCAUUUGCACAUUUAUUGCUAGUAUUCUACCAAGGAUGUGAGGAUGUGUUUGAUUAAGCAGUUUUUAUCUUUCUGUUUUUGUUUUGCUUUUCUGUUGUGGGCACUCUGCUCUUUUCUUACGGUGUCAGUCUUAAAAACAGCCUGAUGAUGGGCAGGUCUUAUGGUAAUUAGUCAUAAAGAUUUCUAUGUCUGGUAUUUGCUAAACAUCUGGAUUUUUACUGAACAACAUUGUCUACUGAUGCGUGGAAAGCUAAAUGCAUGAGCUUUCUUUUAUAUUUAAUAUAUUUAUUUAAAACAUCUAAAAACUGGGACUCUGAUUGGCCAGAUAUGCAUAGACCACCAAAUAAGUUAUCCAAAGUUUUGUGCCUUGGAAUUUUCAUGACAUUGAUUUGCUUUUAUUUAUAUAUUUUCAUUAUUAUGAUGAUGAUGAUGACAUGUCUUUACAGGGUAAAAACACCCAAAAAGUAAUUUUGGGUGAUUCGUUUGUGUUUUCCUUAAUUUUUUUUUUCUUUAUGUGAAAUGGCAUCAAUCGAUAAUGUCAUGCCUGUUUGAUACAAUUUAUAUAAAGCAUUUGCAUUUUCUGAGUUAUUUCUGUCCAGUUUGGCUUGAAAAUGUAUGCUUUUU